CCCCGUCCCGCCGCACCGAAGAUGGGUAACGCGUUCGCCAAGAUCUUCGGCAGCAAGGAGAUGAGGAUACUGAUGCUGGGCUUGGACGCAGCGGGCAAGACGACCAUCCUGUACAAGCUGAAGCUGGGCCAGUCCGUCACCACCAUCCCCACGGUGGGCUUCAACGUGGAGACGGUCACCUACAAGAACGUGAAGUUCAACGUGUGGGACGUGGGCGGACAGGACAAGAUCAGGCCGCUGUGGAGGCACUACUACACGGGCACGCAGGGGUUAAUCUUCGUGGUGGACUGUGCCGACCGCGAUCGCAUCGACGAGGCGAAGCAGGAGCUGCAUCGGAUCAUCAAUGAUCGCGAGAUGAGGGAUGCUAUCAUCCUGAUUUUCGCCAACAAACAAGACCUGCCCGAUGCCAUGAAACCGCACGAAAUCCAGGAGAAACUGGGCCUGACCAGGAUCAGAGACAGGAAUUGGUAUGUGCAGCCCUCAUGCGCCACCUCGGGAGACGGCCUCCACGAAGGACUCACCUGGCUAAAUUCAAAUUACAAAUCUUAACCAGACGAGACGCCCAGCAUUACAAUCUCUUUCCUCGGUCUGCUUUGGUUGAAUGAAAUAUUUUAAGAAGAAGAAGGAGGAGGAGGAGAAGAAGAAAAAAAAACUUAACUUGUACAAGACACACAAGUUUACUUUAAUGAAAACAUUUCUGUUUUGUUUUGGGGAGGGGUGAGACUGAGAGGACAUUCUCUAACCAAUUGUCGAAUUCAUUCCAGCUCGGGUCUGGUUGGUGUUCGAGGUGAAAUUAAGAGGGGGCGGCGGGAGGGAGGGGUUGUGAUAUAUGCACACAGGCUAUGCAAUGGUGGGGAGGGGGGAGGGGGGAAGAUAACCCUUACAGCGUUACCGCUCGGCUUCCAAACUUCUAACCCCCCCCCCUCCUCCCAACUAUAUUUCAUUAAACGCCCUCCACACUAUGUUAUGCAACGAGGAAGCAGUCGGAGAGACCCCCAUUUCUCCACCCCCCCACUAACCCUGACCUUAAUCAGAACAUCAAUCUCAUAGAUCCAUCAUGCCUUUUUCAAUUGGAACGAUUCUGUAUUGUAACACGGCAGCGUUGGUGCUGUGGGUUCAAGGCCUGUGAGGGGUGUGUGUGUGUGUGUGAUGGGGCAACUUGGUUACUUUAAUGACAGAUUUGUAAAAAUGAGUUAUUUCUACCGAGGGGUGAUGUUAUCAAGAUCUCUCUUUAGUAAAUUGCCUUGUUUUGAUGAACACAGUGAGGGUGCGGUUAGACUUUUUUUCUCUCAUUGGAUCCACUCUCGUCAAGGUGACCCUGACUAGCAGUUUCACUUGUAGGUUUCAAGUGUGUGACCUAUGAGACCAAAAGUGUGUUUCCUUUACUAUCGGUGCCUGUUGGGGGUGAAUACACUGGAGCAUAGGCCAGUGUAACAAAAAUAAUUGAACAUAAGACUGGUAAAUGAAUGGGAAGCAAGUUUUUAUUUAAAUUCAACCUUACUAAACCUUAUGGGCCCUGCGUUGCCAAAUAAUUGGCUAAUUUACAAUCUUAAUCUUUCUGAAGUGAGCAAAGGUCGGAAGAAUUAAGGUUAAUUCCACUCUAAAGCUGAACCACUGUGGUAAGAUCAUGCCUUGCUUCCAAGUAACUAUUCCUUCAUAGACAUAGAAACAUAGCAAAUAGGUGCAGGAGUAGGCCAUUCGGCCCUUCGAGCCUGCACCGCCAUUCAAUAUGAUCAUAGCUGAUCAUCCAACUCAGUAUCCUGUACCUGCCUUCUCUCCAUACCCCCUGAUCCCUUUAGCCACAAGGGCCACAUCUAACUCCCUCUUAAAUAUAGCCAAUGAACUGUGGCCUCAACUACCUUCUGUGGCAGAGAAUUCCACAGAUUCACCACUCUCUGUGUGAAAAAUGUUUUCCUCAUCUCGGUCCUAAAAGAUUUCCCCCUUAUCCUUAAACUGUGACCCCUUGUUCUGGACUUCCCCAACAUCGGGAACAAUCUUCCUGUAUCUAGCCUGUCCAACCCCUUAAGAAUUUUAUAAGUUUCUAUAAGAUCCCCCCCCCCCUCAAUCUUCUAAAUUCUAGCGAGUACAAACCGAGCCUAUCCAGUCUUUCUUCAUAUGAAAGUGCUAAUAUUCUUGAAGUCUUGACUAAUAAAUCUACUGAUCAUUGCCUUCAAACUUCACCUUGGCACCUUUUAAGUUAUUGGGGAGCUAAUUUUUUUUUAAAUUUUAAAUUGUGCCACCCCACAUUGUGUUCUCCAUAAGAAUUUGGAUCCAAAUGGGCAGGUUUGUGUCUGUUCAAAUGUCACCACCUAGCCUGGUACUGCUUGAAGGAUCUUGAUAAAGUUGCCCACUCAGACCCCCCCACGGAGAACGUGUGGAGUGUGGAGUUUUCAGUAACGCUCUGUGUCUUGGUUCUGUUCAUCAGCACUGGAUGUGUAUAAAAUCCUCGCCUUCCACACACUGUCACAGUGGGAGGUGUGUGUUUAUGUGUGUGUGUGUGUUAUGAAAGGUGUGGAGAUCUUGGCCAUUUUAUUUUCAGCUCCCCCCUCCCUCUCCCCAGUUUAACACCACCAUUGGUGAUGGCUGGGAAAACCGUAUCUGAUAGACUGAACCCGGAGUAUUUAUGGAGGUGGGAGAACGCAGGGGGGGGAGCUUUGCUCAGCUCACGAUACCUCUGGUGUUAGGGGUUCAAGGCCUGUGUGCAACAGAUGGAGCUGGGAUUUGGGAUGUGAUCGCCAUCUGCUUUCAGAAUGAUUUUGGGGGUGAUCGUCGAGUUUCGAACGGGAACUUUUCAAAUUCUGCAUCGGGUAAUUUCCUCUGCUACGGUAGAACUUUAGGAUGCGGCAUCGAACUUGAAGUUGCUUUUCAAAAUUAAGCUUGAAUUAUUUAAUCUACGUAACGGUACUAAACUCAGGGCGCUCCCUAAUUGUGUCGGCCUGGGUCUUCCUUCCUCUCAACCUUACGGUACACUGGUGCUAAUGAGAUGGUGGGGCCAUUGCCCAGAGAAACCUUCCUUCCACAUCAGACGAUGCCAGUGGGGCUGGGAAUGAAGGUGCUUGAGGAUGAGUGGGUGGGGUGGCAGAUCAGCCCAAUUGCACUGCCAAGCAUCUGGGACAGGCGUGAGGUGCUAAUUCCCCCUUUCUCCCCCCCACUCCUUAGGUUCAAAGGCAACAAUUGCCAGUAUCACCAGGGCCGAGAUUUGAUACAUUUAGCAGGAUUCCAUCAAAAUUGUGUCGUGCAUGUUUUUUUUGUUUUUGAUUUGCUGGUCUUUGUGAAUCUUUAAAUGCAGAGUCCCCGUCCUGUCUGCCUGCCUCCCAGCCCUUAGCGUUACUCAUCGCAACCCCUCCAGACUUUUACAACCUGCUUUUAAUUAUCUCCCCGAAUUCUCAGCAGGCAAAAGGCCGGGUGAUGUUUAAGAAGGAACUGCAGAUGCUGGAAAAUCAAAAUGCUGGAGAAACUCAGCUGGGUGAGGCAGCAUCUAUGGAGCGAAGGAAAUAGGCAACGUUUCGGAUCGAGACCCUUCUUCAGCUGAGUGAAAGGGGUUCCCUGCUGUACCGCUCACUUCCUGCUAGGUGUCGCCCCUGAGCACCUGCAAUGGGGACCCCCUAUAGCAGGAGAUGUCCACACUCUGGGCAUUUAUGUGUCUGAACUCUGGCUGUAACUUGGAAGACUUUGUUUCCCCCGUUCAGAUGCUUACAACUUUUCUUUUCCCCCCUUUGAAACAACCAUUUUGAACUUUCCCCAGAGUUGCUCACUGUAACACUGUCAGAGGCAGUUUCAUGGAGUAUUAAGUCCUGACCUCUGGUCUGAAUGGGAUGGCAUAUUGGGAAAAAUGGGGACUGAUUCAACGCACCUUGCCCAGUUCACCUCCCUUCUCUUCCCCUCCCCCCUCCUCCGAAUCAGGGCAAAGGGAUUGAAUCUGCUGUGACUUUCUUUUUAAAAUUAAAAGAUAAUUUGGUGAGAUAUGGGGAUUUCAUACUUUCUGCAAAAAGAACCAUUUAAUGCAAGGAUAAUGUGUCUUUGCCUUAAAUAACGCAAAAUGGACCCCCUCCUCCCCGUCACGAUAGUUCAGGAGUGGUACCUCUGUGUGCCAAAAUUAAAAGUGAGUGUGUGGUGUUCGAGGUAGAUGGUCUUGACUUCGAAGGGCAAUGCAGUGGGAGUUGGGGGGACAGGACACCUCCAAGUCACUGGUGUACAAUGUCAGUUCCUCUACCUGCUUCACAUGUGACUUAUUUCCCCCCCCCCCCCCCCCCGGAUGUUUUCAUGCACCUUGCACCCCAGGGUCUCCCAUCCCCACUCUCACUGGUCGCCACGGAAACACUUCACCGCGGCCCCCCCCCCAUCUCGCGCAGCCCCACCCAACCGACACCUUUCCCAAAAUCCGCCCCCUGGAUUCGAACCCCCAACUCUCGGUGGGGUUCGAGGUCUCCCCGGUUUAACCUGGAGGAGCCAGCUGUGUGCAAUAUGAUCGGAAACGCCACCACCCGAACUCAAGACCUGUCUAAUAACUCAACGCCAACUCCACUGACCUGGGUGAAAUGACCACAGUAGAAGCUUGCAACCGAGUGUGAAACACUUUUGUCUUAUGUGUAUGUGUGUGUGUGUGUGUGUGGAUGGGGGCAACUCGAUCUGAAAUUUUUAUCAUUCCUGACCUCCGAUUGCUGGAUGAAAUCAGUGUGAAGGGGAGCUCUAUAUUGAGCCGAUACUGUCUGCUGUGGGGAUAAUUGCUGGGACAAUGGAGAGGGUGCUUAACUUUGUGUCUAACCCAUGCUUUAUCUGAUCUGAAAUUGGUUAAUGGGAGCAGUAGAAGAAAAUUUACUUGCACAUAAUUCUUACUGUAUCUGCCUCAAGUUUGGAUGGAGUAUAAAUUCUACAAUACCGCCAUGGAAUAUGAAACGCUAAAGAAAUUUGAAGAAUUUUUUUUGGGGGGGGGGGGUGUGGGGAUUAUAAUGCUGUAAAUUUAGCCUCAAUAAAAGACUUGUAC